AUUUCCAUUUCAUUUUCAUACACAAUCUCACUUCAAUUGAAAUUUUCAAGCCAAUUUAUUGAAAAUAACAAACAAAUAAUUGGUCGGUUCAAGAAUUUACAUACACGAGAUUGCCGUCCCAUACUCUCCGAUUCUUAAUUACGCGUCUGCGUUUUUUCACGAGUGAACAUUCCCUCGAUUACCCUCCACACAUAAACUCCACGACCUACUUCCCUAAAACACCCCCGUUAUAUCAUCUAUUAUUCCUAAACUACCCCUAUUUGCGGCAUCGUUGAUUGGCGACAGCUUGUCUCCACCCCUCAACAUCACCCAAAUGACAACCGUAAAAACGACUGUCUAACACCGGUUCAACCGGUAACCCAUUCAGCCGAUGGUUUUGAAUAAUCGCCGUACAAAACAUUACCAUUUAUCCGUUGUAUACCCCCACACUUUUUAAAAAUCUCAUUUUCUCGUAUCUUUCUCAUUUUCUCUUACUUCUCGUGUCUGACUCUCUGCAUAAAUUUUUUUCGGAGAGAAAGAAAAACAAAACCAGACAAGAAGAAGAACAAAGAACAUUAAACCAAAAAGCAUCCAAACAAGCCCUUAUUAAUAAGACCUAUGGAGUAUCAGCAAGCUCCUUUCUCUAAAAAGCUUAAUAAUGGCGGUUUUGGAAGUUUAAGUGGAAAGCAUAUAUACGACGGCGUUUUCGGAGGUGAAGUGAAGUCAAAGACGACGAGGAUGGAGGAUUAUAAAGAGAUAUUUGGUGGUUCUAGUACUUGUUCGAUUCCGAUUCUUGAUUUUCCUGAGUUGAAGAGUAAUGCUUCAGAGAGCUCCUCCAGACCUGAUUAUUCGACCAUUUUCGGUGGUUUUGGAGAAGCUGAUUUUGCUGCGCCUUAUGAAGAAUUAGUUAUCAAGUCAAGCAAAACAGUUAACAGCUUCUCUAAAGAAGCUCGUACUCCGGCUGAACCAAAAUUCUCCCCUACGAGUACGACUGCUAGGCCACAGCAGUCUAAUGUUUCCAGAGAGCAACACACCCCGUCACCGGAAAUAAGUGGUGUGAAAGAGUUCAAUGUAUCAUAUAAUAAAAGCAAUCAGGGAAGCAAAAAUGGGGUGAAUGGGAUGACACACAUUGCCCAGCUCCACUCUGUUCCUGGUUAUGCUUGUUUAGUUGAUGAAACCACUUCGCCUCAACUGACUGAAAGUCUCAAGCCAGUGCGGACAGUAUUAAAGGAUGCUCGCGUAAAUACCAAUGUCAGUCAGGGUAUGAAGCCACCCAAAUAUCUCCGGAAAGUCGUGUCUGGGCCACAACCUAGAGGUGCUGUCAUAGACGAUUCUACAAGUCAUGCCGAAUCUAAGAAGAAAUCUAGUAGGAAUAGAUCGUUUUCAAAUAAAUCAUUCGAUGAUUUUGAAACUAACCUUGAUACACGACAACCAAUAUCGUCGCCUUUAAGUUCAGUGGCUAACUUAAAUGAUAGUAAGGGUGGCUCUAUGAGGUCAAUGAGUUCGAAGUUCGGGGUUUUUGAAAGUGAUUCUGCAGAAGAGGCUGCUGGUAGUCAUUUACCACCUCUCUUUGAUGAUGAAAUGGAUGCUAAUUCAGCUGCCGGUACCUCAGUAGCUGCCCUGAGGAAGGCAAUAGAGGAGGCUCAAGCAAAGAUGACAAAAGCCAAAGAAUUAAUGGAAAGAAAGAGGCAAGGCCGUCACAGCCGUGAAAAGAAAACUGUUAAUGAUGGCUUGAAAGUUGGCAGAAAAGAGGAUAGAGUUGACCAAGAAGCUAACAGAUGCAAAGAUGAGGUGGCUCAGGAAACGAGUCAUAAAGUUUACACUGCUCAAAAGCAAGUUUUCACAGGCUUACCAGAGAGCAAUGCAACAAAAGCAAGCCAAAUAACUUCAGACCAUAUUAAUGCAGAGAAAGUAUCUGCUGUAAAAAAUGCCAUCGGAGAAGCACAAAGCAAAGAGUCCAAACGGGAUCAAGUGAAUCAUAGGCUGGAAGCAGAAAUUGGUAUAGCGACAAAUGGAUUUUCUGAACCUGCUGGUGGCAGUGACCAGAGGACAAUGGUAUUGGAGAUCAAGCAAGCAAACAAUGUUGAAAAAAUGAAACCAUGUACAGAUGGAAAUGAUUGCAAAGCGAAGAUGGCAGGAGAUGAAACAAUGAAAAAGCCAAUGGAGGGUGGUAAGAAACUAAAAGCAUUUGACGAGGCCCCUAUGCAGGAGAAGGUUGAGAGGGUACUAAACUCGAUGGCAGCAGCAUUCAAAUGGGAUUUAUUCAAAAACAUUAUCAAAUCAGAUGAAAAUACUCAAUGUCAGGAAGAAAAAAUAGAUAAAAGUAGAGCUGCUUAUGAGAAUGAAGAUGCUGCUCAAACACCUGAAGUGACAUGUGAACACAAACAAUGUGAAAGCAUCACAAAAAGAUCGGAUGAGCCAGAAAAAGAGGCGAAGUAUGAAACCCAAGAGAUGGAGGGGAACAAAGAUAUGUAUGAACUAAAAGCAUCUGAAGAUUCGCUGAAAACUAGGAAAAAAGAAAUCGAGGCACAUGGUCAAGACGUAGAGAAUCAGUCAAAUGAAGAAAAUGAUCAAGAGAAAGUAGAGAAUCAGUCCAAUGAAGUUCCGUUGAGAAAGGAGAACGAGAGAAGACUGCAUGAGAUUUAUAUGUGCAAAGAAAAUUGGGAGGGACAAAAAGAAGAUUUUGAUAAAGCGGAUAAUGAAAAGCAACAAGAGAGAUGGGAUUACAAAGAAAAUGAGAAGAAGCAAAAUGGUGUUUCUAAACCAGAGGACACAGAGACAUUUGAUCAAGUUCAGAAACUGGAAGUAACUGAAGCAAAUUAUAAUGACUCUCAAGGAAAGGAAGAACAUGAGUUAAAAUUUAGAGAGUAUUGUUCGACAAAAGUGAAUGGGCAUCUGGAUGAUGCCAAAGAGACUGAAGAGACGCUCAAUCAAAUAAAUGAAAAUGAGACGGAAAAAACUUGUGAAUGGUUAGAAGCUGAAAGUAUGCAAACAGAGAUUCAUCUGGCAGAAGACAUCGAGAACACUUUGGAAGCAACUCAACAGAGUUUUAGGUGCCAAGAUAAUCUUGAAUCAACUAAAGUACAUAAGCUGAAUGAAAAUGAUAAUGCAUGUGAAGUUGAUGAAACACAUGCAGAAGAAAAUUUUGAAGGUCUGGAAGUAACCUCAGAAGCUGCGAGUGAAGAGAAUGAUAGAAUGGUGGAGGUAAGUGGAGAUUCUAUUGCUAAAGAAACUGAAAUUGGAACUAAAGCAGUUGAAGAGGCAUUUAACUUGGCGGAAGAAGGCAAUCUUGAAAUUGGUAUGUCACAGCAUCUCACUGGACUUGAUAGGUUUAAGAAGCACACAACUAAUAUGUUUUUAGGCAAAACUGACUUAGAUUUUGAUUACAAGCUAAAUGGAUAUAAUAUGACAGAAUAUGAUGCUGCAGUCUCUAAACAUGUAAAGCAUAUUGAGGAAGUAGCUUUUCAAUUGGAUGAAAAUGAUAAGGAUGUCACUGAGCCUGAAAUUGGCCUCAACCAGGAAGAAAAUGAGAGUACUUUUGCAUCAAGAUGCUCGGGUAAUGGUAUGGAAUCCAACACACUUUGCAACCCAGAAAAACAGGUUGGAGAAACAAUUUGUGAACUGGGAGAAAAUAAUGACAUGAAGGAGCCUGGAGUAGGAACUAACCAUGAAGAUGAUUUUGAAUCUUUUCUUAAGGUGGAUAAUAGAAUUGGUGAGCAUGCUAGUCAGCAGCCACAUAAUUUUGAAGGCGAAGGAAAGAACAUCGCGAUAUCUCCAGAGGAGAAAACACACCAAAGCACUCAUGAAAAGGCGGAGAGUCGGAAUGAAACUCAGACAGUAGAAAAGAGAGACUCUGAGGAUACUUUGCAAAAGGAAAUGGGCUCAGAAAAGAAGCAUCACGGAACAAAGGAAGAAACAAAAUUGAGGGAAAUGGAAAAAGAAAAGGAAAGAAUAGUCGUUGAGAGAGCAAUACGUGAAGCUCGUGAAAGGGCUUUUACUGAAGCUCGAGAGAGGGCGGAAAGGGCUGCUGCCAAGAAAGCAGCUGCCGAAGCUCAUCAAAGGGUUAUGACAGAAGCUCGAGAAAGGUUAGAGAAGGCUUGCGCUGAAGCUAUUGGUAAAUCAGGUAAAACAGCAGCAGAAAAAGCAUCCAUGGAAGCAAAACUAAAGGCUGAGCGGGCUGCAGUAGAGAGAGCAACGGUAGAGGCUAGGGAGCGUGCCUUAGAGAGAGCAUUGUCUGAGAUAGCUGCUUUUAAUGCUAGAAAUCGGGCCGAAAUGUUUACAGCUGAAAAGUUCUCGGGUGUUUCCAGAGAUGCUGGGUUAAACUCUUAUGAUCAACAAUAUAAAGGUCCAGCUCCUUCCAGCAGUUCAAGACAUCCUACCUCUUCAAACCAUGAUGGCCCCUACUCAACAGAGAGAUUUAAUGGCACCAAUGGUGAAUCAGUUGAAAGGUGUAAGGCUACAUUGGAAAGGAAUCAAAGGACAGCAGAACGCGCAGCAAAAGCUCUUGCAGAGAAGAAUAUGCGUGAUCUACUUGCUCAGAAAGAACAAGCUGAAAGAAAUAGAUUGGCAGAAAAUUUGGAUGCUGAUGUUAAACGGUGGUCCAGUGGAAAGGAGAGAAAUUUGCGAGCCCUGCUCUCGACACUACAAUAUAUCCUUGGCCCUGACAGUGGGUGGCAGCCAAUUCCUCUGACGGAUCUGAUAACAAGUGCUGCUGUGAAGAAAGCUUACCGCAAAGCCACUCUGUUUGUUCAUCCAGACAAGUUGCAACAAAGAGGCGCAAGCAUACCGCAGAAAUACACCUGCGAAAAAGUUUUUGAUCUUCUCAAGGAUGCUUGGAACAAAUUCAGCAUAGAAGAACGGUAGAUGAUUGGUGUUCGCAUUCUGUUCCUGCCCUUUCUAUAGCAUUCAUUAUAGGCAUAGUACAUGUAAAUUCAAACAAGAUAAUAUCUCAUUCCUGAUUGAAUCCUAAUUGAAGUAGAGAUUAUUUUGAAGUCAA